UCUUUGAGUUUUACAGAAUUAAACUAUUUGUUAAUGAACACGAAAAAAAAGGAGAAAUUGUAUCAAAAUGUUACUAAAUCCGAUUGAAGUGAUUUGCUUUUAUGUGGUGCAGCCGAUAAUAGAUUUCUUGGAACAUUUGUUGAAUGCUGGUUAUCGUAUGGCGUUUUAUGUUUGUAUAUGUGGUAUUGGCGUAAUGCUUGGUAUUAUUCUGGGUUGUCUAUCUGUUAUAUGGUAUAAGUACGUAAAUUCUGUGGACCCAGAAGAGAAACAGAACGUCAAACCGGCUAUGGAUAUUAGGGAGGAAAAUGACAGAAAGAAGAUGAAGUAA